AUGGUGGUGCCCAGGGUGAUUAAGGUGCCAGGGUUCAUGAUAGUGCCCAGGGUGAUGAUGCUGCCUGGGAUGAUGAUGGUGCCCAGGGUGAUUAAGGUGCCAGGGUUCAUGAUGGUGCCCAGGGUGAUGAUGCUGCCUGGGAUUAUGAUGGUGCCAAGGGUGAUGAUGCUGCCUGGGAUGAUGAUGGUGCCCAGGGUGAUGAUGCUGGCUGGGAUAAUGAUGGUGCCCAGGGUGAUGAUGCUGCCUGGGAUAAUGAUGGUGCCCAGGGUGAUUAAGGUGCCAGGGUUCAUGAUGGUGCCCAGGGUGAUGAUGCUGCCUGGGAUGAUGAUGGUGCCCAGGGUGAUUAAGGUGCCAGGGUUCAUGAUGGUGCCCAUGGUGAUGAUGCUGCCUGGGAUGAUGAUGGUGCCCAGGGUGAUGAUGCUGCCUGGGAUAAUGAUGGUGCCCAGGGUGAUUAAGGUGCCAGGGUUCAUGAUGGUGCCAGCAUUCAUUAAGAUGCAAGUUAUAAUGAUGAUGUAA